UUUUCUCACUACGCUAACCCUACAAUAUUAAUUUGAAAAAUGUUAUAAUAUGGCAUUCAUCCACCUCUGUACAGGGCCGAUAAAAUAUAUGAGCCUUCACUAGUCCUACGAUUAUUAAAAAAAAACAUGGAAGAACAACACUAUAGUAUGCUAAGUAGAAUUGGCACUUGGUUGAAUAAAAAUGAUCCAUCCCAACAUUUUUGCCAAUAUAUUGAUUGAAGCCUCGGUUUAUUUUUUUUUCAAUCCAGCCUCUCUACCAUUUUUCUCUGCAGGAAAAGUAAUGACAUGAAAAAUUACCCACAAACCACUUCUCAUACAUCCCUACCCGUAAGCCCCGCACCCAUUCAUAUCAACGCAUAUAUAACCCAUGUCCGCUCCCGUAUAUCACCUCGGUGCUGGGGCUAUUGGCUGUUUAGUGGCGCACUCGCUCGCGUCGCUCGUGCCGAAGGCGCCGCCGGUCACGCUCCUUCUCCGCACACAAGAGCAGUUGAACAACCUCCUCUCAAACCAAAACCGCGUGAUUGUCACCAAGGACUACCACCAGGCGAGGCCUACAAGUGCAGUUCAGGUACAGGGACUCGACGCGGCGCGCGGCGUGGCGCUUCGCGACAUCGAGACGCUCGUGGUAACGACAAAGGUCCACCAGACGGCGGAAGCGUUGAAACCGUACCUCAAAUGCUUGACACCCGCAUCGGACGUGAUUUUCAUCCAGAAUGGCAUGGGACUCGCGGACGAGCUCGCAGUACUUUGGGAUGCGCGCGCACGGCCGCGCCUCUACCAAGGCGUGAUCUCACACGGCGCAGUGCGCUCCAGUGAUUACGACUUCCAUAUACACCACAUGGGGAACGGCUCGUUGACCAUUUCAGCGAUUCCCGACUCCAUGGAAGGUUUCCGUUACAACCAGCACAAUACGACAAGCGAUAAACCGCGGCUCGUGGAGAUGCUCCAGAACGGCCGCGGCUUGGAGAAGACAAACGAACUCAACGUUACAUACACCACACCUUACGAAUUGAUGCUCCUCCAGAUGGAGAAGCUCGUGGCUAAUGCAUGCAUCAACCCUUUGACCGCACUCUACGACUGCUACAACGGCGAGUUACUUCAAGUGGCACAGGUCUCGGGCAUGUUCUCGGAGAUUAUUCGAGAGUGCGUCCGGGUGCUCUACAAAGAAUACCGCUUCUUAGAGCAGGACCCUGCCGCGAGUGUUCGGUUGGGCCACGAGCGUUUGCUCAGCUUCGUCGUCGAUAUCUGUCAGAAAACGGCAAAGAACUCCUCAUCCAUGAGGCAGGACUUGGUACAUUUGCGCGAGUCGGAAAUUGACUACAUCAACGGUUACGUUGUACGCUUGGCCAGAAAGCACAAUGUGCACGUGCCGCACAACGCUAUGAUGGUGCGAAUGGUGCGUGGGCGGUUGAGCUUGAACCGCUACCGUGCAAACGACGCAAUUAAAAUGGUGUUGUAAGAGGAUUGGUAGCGAUAGAUGCUUGUAUAUAUGCAAUGUAAGGAACAGGGUUGGUAUCGUAGUUUGUGUGUGGCAAGCAGUACUCGGGUCUACGCACUUGGCCAGGGGAACCCUAAAUGAGCCGAUUGUAUCUGAACUUGAGAAGUAAUCAGAAACAAAAAACGCUGGAGUACUAGGGGGUUGGAAGGCAGCCGGAAAGAAAAAGAAAAUAUAGCCUAAUUAAAGCUAAGGAGAUUCAUGCCGCUUAUAUAAGACUGUUGGCAAGACGGACACAGCGGCAAACUCAAUUUCCUGGCGUGUGUAUCCGCCACACAACAUUGCU